AUGUCAGAAAUAGUUAAUCGUCAUACCUAUUCGAGUAUAAAAGAUACAAUAAAUGAUGCCUUACUGUUUCAACCAUUGCAAAUGACAAAGCAUACUGUACAAAGCAGUACGCAUGAAUCUGGUAUCCAGUGUGGAAAUGCAUUGAAUACAGAAAUCGACGUCUAUCGUAGACGUAUUCAAUCAUUACUGCAAUUUUUUGAUUGUAUAUCACCAAUGUGGUGGGAUCGCUUAUAUCCAUUCAAGGGAAAUUUUAUCAAGCGUCCAAGUAGAACUGCUGAAGAUGUUCGCUUCCACCAGAAAUGUUUACUCAGUCAUCUAGGCAAGUUCAAUAUGCGUAAGGUUAUCCCAGCUACAGCGGCGAUUUCAAUGAUGGAAACACACGCGUCUAUAAAAGAUCUCCCGCCUAAUCUAUUAAAUCCAAAUGAUAUAACAAAUUUAGAUACAACAUUGACAAGUGAAAAUAACGCUACCCUGUUGAAUAAAGCAUGUAAUUUGGCGCAAAAUUUAGCAGAUAUUGAAAAACUGAAACAAGAUUUAAUUUUAAGUGCAGUAAACUGGAUAAUGAGUGACGGGAGAGACUAUAAUCUACGCAUUCAACGUAUUGCUUUGCUGGAACGUCAUAGUGAACCGUGUUUAAUUGAAAAUUUCCCCGGUGUACGUGCUUUAUUAACGCAUUAUUAUAGACCGCGUAUUUUAAUUAAUGAUUACAUGAAUACUACCGAAUCAGAUUAUCCAUCCUCUUCAUCUUCAGUGUCACACAGUGAACCAUUGACAGCAAUCAAAUUGACUACAACCACUGAGCAAAUUCUUUCAAUGUUUAGAAAUGCACGUUUAAAAAUACCAGUUCAAAAUCCGGAUAAUUUAAUCGGCAGUGAAGUAGAUUAUUUCAACAAGUCAUUUAAUUCAACACACAACCUCUUUUUGUCUGAUAUAACUGAGAAAUUAGAUCAUCAUUUAGAAAAUGAUGGUUAUAUUACUACUCAAAAGGAUACACUAUCGAAUAACUUCCUCCUACUGAAUCCCUUGUCUUCCUGUAUUGAUACAAGUCGGCUGGAAUGGUUGAAUUAUGAAACCAACCAAAAAGACUUUAGUUUACACCUGUUAAAUAUGGAAGAGUUGAAAGAACGUGAGAAAACAGCUAGUAUUAUUAAAAAUGGUUCAGAUAUAGAUAAAACACUUCCGUAUGAUACGGAUGAUAAGAAUCAAGAGUUUCUAGUUCAUAAAGACGUUGAAAUUGAUUGGAAUAAACUUAAACUGACGUCGUCAAAUGACGGUGAUAGACAAGCAUUUCCUCCUUGUUCACCUAUUUCUCUGCUGCCUACAACAACUAAUGAAAAUGUUGACUCAUUGACAUACGACUCAACAAAAUGGGAAGAGACAUCAUCUCACUUAUCAAUGAAUAUAAAUUAUCAGGAUGGUUUACCCUCGUUUACAGAGAAAAAACAACAAACAGACCAGCAACAACAACAACAGCUUCCAGAGACUUUACUGUUGAAUGAUUAUUCUUUAGAGAAAUCCUACUUAACCGUUGGAGAUUUGCCUAAGAAAUCUGAUGAAUCACCUGUAUCUGGAGCAGGCUGUGGUGGAAGUCUAACACAAGCACCAUCGUCAACAAAAUCUAAAGGUCUAAGUAGACUUUCUGAUCUGCUUUCCUUGACUACAUCAACAAAGGUAUACGAUAAAGAAUACACCAACACUGCAACAACAACAACAACAACAAUAACAACAACACCAACAACAACAGAUUUAACGCUUAAUUCAUUUAAAACAAAAUUACUGAAAGCGGAAAAUUUAACAGGACAAAAAGAGCGAGUUGAAGAACCCGCCAUUUUAUCAAGUUGGUUAAAUAAUCAACGAAGUAAAUUUUUUAUAAAUGAUAAAAGAGAACGGAAACCGUUUAGGACAAAAGUUAAAAGUAGAAGUCAGAUUAGAAAAAUGCAUUGUCCAAGUGACUAUCAUUCAAAGCAUUAUCCAAUAUAG